GCCGUCGGAUGUGGGGACGCAUUGGCUCACGCGGACAGUCUCUGGGAGUGCUGAGUCGAACAUCCUCUGUGGCGUCUGGUCAGACAGAAACCGGCUGCUGGGUUUUAUUUGAGUCGGAGAUUAAACGACACACUUGGAGUUGGGACGCUCUCCAGCAUUCCCAGGGCUGACGGCGUCGUCGGGUUUCGGGAGGACGCUCGUGUGGCUCAACAACUGCGCAGCUCAAAUCUCACGGCGGUGAAAAUCCAACAACCACGAUGGACCCGAGAGACACUGCCCCUGAUUCCUGGGAACAAGAGGACGAUGUGGAGGCCACGAUCGACGGACAACUUGAAUCAGCAUUCACAACGCUAAAUGUGAACGCUAAGCCGUUUGUGCCCAAUGUAAACGCCGCCGAGUUUGUUCCGGCUUUUGGCCUGAAAGCACACCCGGCAAACGUCGACUCUGCCGUUGCUGUUGAAAAGAUGUCCACCAUGGAGAUGUCAGAAAGUGCUGCGCCCGUGGAGAACGGUGAUGCAGAAAUGACCGCAGAGGAGCCAUGGGACCAGAAAGAAGUAGAACCCAGCGAGGAAGAGCCAGGAGGCGGCGUGUGCGUGGACCGGGGGCCAGAAGUGCCAGACGAGACCGCUCCAGAGAUGAUGGAGGAGGAAGAGGAGGUGCUCGUGCCCAAGGUUCCACCCACACAGCCGGAUGCCCCCAAAAAGGAACACAUCAAUGUGGUGUUCAUUGGACAUGUAGAUGCUGGCAAGUCAACCAUUGGAGGACAAAUCAUGUAUCUGACUGGCAUGGUAGACAAGAGGACCUUAGAGAAAUAUGAAAGAGAAGCCAAGGAAAAGAACCGGGAAACCUGGUACCUGUCUUGGGCUUUGGACACCAACCAGGAGGAGAGGGACAAAGGCAAGACGGUGGAGGUUGGCCGAGCAUACUUUGAGACAGACAAGAAGCACUUUACCAUCUUAGAUGCUCCAGGUCACAAGAGCUUUGUGCCCAAUAUGAUCGGAGGCGCAUCACAAGCAGACCUGGCUGUGCUGGUGAUAUCUGCCAGGAAAGGUGAAUUUGAAACCGGCUUUGAGAAAGGUGGACAGACACGGGAGCACGCCAUGUUGGCCAAAACAGCCGGUGUCAAGCACCUGAUAGUUCUGGUGAAUAAAAUGGAUGAUCCUACAGUCAACUGGAGCCUGGAAAGGUACGAAGAGUGUAAGGAGAAACUGGUGCCAUUUUUGAAGAAAGUGGGCUUUAAUCCAAAGAAAGAUGUCCACUUCAUGCCGUGCUCCGGGCUGACAGGAGCCAACCUGAAGGAGCCCGCCAACAUGUGCUCGUGGUACACAGGUCUACCUUUUAUUCCACACUUGGACAGUUUGCCAAAUUUUAACAGAUCAAGUGACGGUCCUGUAAGAUUGCCGAUCGUAGACAAAUACAAGGACAUGGGCACUGUGAUUCUGGGCAAACUGGAGUCUGGCUCCAUCAGUAAAGCACAGCAGCUGGUCAUGAUGCCAAACAGGCAUGUGGUGGAGGUGUUGAGUCUGCUCUCUGAUGACGUGGAGACGGACGACGCGGGGCCCGGUGAAAAUCUCAAGCUGCGACUGAAAGGCAUAGAGGAGGAGGAGAUCCUACCGGGCUUCAUUCUGUGCAACGCCGAGAACCUGUGUCACUCAGGGCGCACGUUUGACGCGCAGAUUGUCAUCAUUGAACACAAAUCCAUCAUCUGUCCAGGUUACAAUGCAGUCCUGCACAUUCACACCUGCAUCGAAGAAGUGCAAAUUACGGCCUUAAUCUGUCUGGUAGACAAGAAGACAGGAGAGAAGAGCAAGACACGACCACGGUUUGUGAAACAGGACCAAGUGUGCAUCGCCCGUCUGCGCACAGCAGGGACCAUCUGCCUCGAGACAUUUAAAGACUUCCCUCAGAUGGGACGGUUUACCUUACGGGACGAAGGGAAGACCAUCGCGAUUGGAAAAGUGCUGAAGCUGGUGGCUGAGCGGGACUGAAGAUUGACGGCGAGUCUAAGAGUCUGAGUGAGGAGGAGCAGGCGGAGCUUGGUCUUAACCCGCCCACACUGUUAUCAGUGGUGACAGCGCCUCCCUGCACGCCCCCUUUCUGCGUGCUGAAGAUCAGCUUCAGAAAAAUAAACUCAUGUGAAAAAGAAACAUGUUUUUAAGCAAAUGACAAACCAAGAUGAUGUCCACACGAGUCGGCUUUCUCAUAUUGAGAGCUCAGCUAUGCCAUUCUGGGUUAGCCCUCCCUCCACCUCUCCCCACCUCCUUACUCUGGUCUGCUUAUCAUGAUUUAUUUUUUUCCCCUCCACUUUUUUUCUUGUUUCCAUAAAUGACAAAUGGCAGAAUUUAUAUCUGAAAACAGAUGUGGACCAGGAUUCUGCUUGGAGUGUAAAAUGAUUGUCACAGUAACUUGCAAAGGAAAUUGAAAGAACUAAACAGUUGAAACCAAAUGUUGAUCUUGGGUGUUCAUGUUUCCCUCUGCUUUUACCCAGUUUUUGGUUUCUCAUGUGGCGUUCUGGCAGUGUGCUUGAGCGUGUUCAAAUGUUAUCAAAGCAAACAAGUAUGACAAUAAAACCAUAAAUUGGGGAAAACUAA